AUGAUUAAAAUAAUGCACUGUAAUGUCACAUCUAUCAAGAAACACAAAGAUGAGCUAUUGGCUAGGUUCAACAAAUUCGAUAUUCUGUCAAUUAACGAAACCAAUUUAAAACCACAACAACUAUUUUCACUUCCAGGAUAUAAUAUCUAUAGAAACGAUAGACAAAACAAACAAGGAGGUGGAGUUUUACUAGCAAUACGUAAUAAUAUUGCAUGUUUUGAAAUUUUUAACAAAACAAUCGGAGAUAAUGAAACAAUAGCUGUACAAAUUAAAACACCAGGUGGAUAUCUGCUUGUUGCAUCAAUAUAUAUUCCACCAGAUGUUAAAUUACAACCCGAACUAUUUGAACAUAUCUAUAAUUUGAAUAAUAAUUGUCUUAUAUUAGGUGAUCUAAAUGCUGCACUUCAUUCUAUGGGAUCUAAAAGAACAAAUACCAAAGGUAUUCAACUACAGCAAAUACUUGAAGAGGGAUAUCUACAAUGUAUAGAGAAUGAUCUUACAACCUAUGCAAGAAACAGUUACGAGGAGAAAAUUGACUGGAUUCUUGCUAGCCAACCCACCAUCCUAUUCAUUAACAAUAUUGAAACACACCCAUCCUUUGGAUUGAAAGAAGAUCAUAAACCACUAACCUUAAACUUAAACUUGUCGGCUGAACUUAAACCAAUAUCCCCUCGAAUGUCAUACAAUUUUAAUGCUGCGAAUUGGAAAUUAUAUAGAAUUAAAUUGAAUGAAUUUUUGAGUAAAAUUGAUUUAAAACAAACAAUUACAACAACACAACAAAUUGAAACAUAUGCUACUGCCUUGACAGAAAGCAUAGUCUUAGCAACGAAGGCAGCAAUUCCACCAGUGAAUGAAACAAUUAAAAAUUUCAAAAUCUCAAAAGUAACUAAAAAUCUCAUUGAAAACAAGCAUCGUGCAUAUCGACAAUGGAAAAAAACGAACAAUGAUGCCGACAAAAAGGACUUCUAUAAGAAAAGAGAAUUAUUAAACAAUUCACUUCGAAAUGAUCGUAUUGAUCGUCUUAACCGUACCAUGUCAUCAUUAUGUGCAAAUAAGAUGAAUUCUUCUAAAGUGUGGGCAGCAGUGCGUAAAUUCUACAAUAAAAGAACGAAGCAAUCAUAUACAGGUGAACUCAGAUAUCAAAAUAUCACUGCCAGCACCGACUAUGAAAAAGCUGAUAUGUUUGCAUCAUACUUUGAAAAUGAGAUUUUUGUUGAAAAGCCUGAUCGAGUACCAAUUCAUGACCAAAUCCGAAGACAGGUUGAAUCAAUUAAAAAAAGAGUCAGAAGGAAAAAGCAAACAAAUAACAAUAAACCACCUCCAAUAUCAACUAAAGAAAUAAAAUUAAUACUUAAACAACUGCCUAAUAGCUCACCCGGACCAGACACAAUACAUAAUCGCUGCCUGAAAAAUUAUACAACGUCACUAGUUCAACAUCUCGAAAAGAUCUUUAAUAUUGUUAUUGAUACCGGAUAUAUACCAGAUGUCUGGAAAAGAGCCAACAUCAUUCUCUUGCUUAAGCCAAACAAAGACAAAAAGCAACCAUCCAGCUAUCGUCCAAUUAGUCUCUUAAGCUGUUUAGGGAAAAUCUUAGAAAAAAUUAUCAAACAACGAAUAAUGAAAGAACUAAAUGAAAGAGAUAUUUUGCCGAUUCAUCAAGCAGGCUUCCGACCUAAUAGAAGCACAAUGUAUAACAUUAUAAGACUUGAAAGAUUCGCGCAUGAACAACUUCAUAAACGUCAACAUGCUGCAGUUAUAUUUUUUGAUAUAAAAGCAGCAUUCGACUCAGUGUGGUAUGAGGGGCUAAUAUACAAACUUCACGAUCUUCGCCUUCCAGAAUACUUAAUUCGAUAUAUUAUUUCAUUUCUUCACCAACGAACAGCGGUGAUAGAGAUAGAAAAUACAAUAUCGAGAAUAUUUACUUUAAAAAGCGGAACACCACAAGGAUCACCACUGUCACCUCUGCUUUACAUAAUUUAUACUUAUGACUCAAUGAACAGUAUAUCUCAGCACACACAAAAUGGUCUUUUUGCUGAUGACACGGCCUUAUGGUCUUCAUCAAAUACCAUCACCAACCUUAAUCAUCGUUUACAAGCAUCCGUAAAUGAAUUUUAUAAGUGGUGCAACACUUGGAAACUAACUAUACAACCCACUAAAACUGAGAUGCUUUACUUUAGUCCACAUCCAAGAAAAAAAUACAAGAAAAAAAUAGCCAUCCAAGUUGAAAAUACAAUAAUCAAACCUAUAGCAGCAGCGAGAUAUCUAGGCAUAAUAUUUGAUCAUCAAUUAAAAUGGCGUAGCCACAUGCAUCAUAUAGAAACAAAAGUAGCACCACGAAUAAGUUUGCUUAGAUUUCUAUCAAAAUUAAAUACAAACUCAAACAAUAACAUAAUGAUUAAUCUAUACAAUUCUUUAGUUAGAUCAAUUAUAACAUAUGGAUCAUCGAUUCUUCUUAGAGCAGACGACAAAAUAUGGAAUAGAAUUCAGAUUAUACAAAACAAAGGUUUAAGAGCAUCAUUGGGACUUCCAGCGUAUACAUCUACAGAUUACAUACAUAAUAGUACAAAUGUUCCCAGGAUUAAAAAUUACGCCACAUUCCUUCUUCAAAGAUCAAUUACAAGAGCAGAAAACUACAACGACAAUACAUCAAGAGAAAAUCUUACAUAUAUUCUAACCCAUGUUCACAUAAAUUAA